AUUGUGUUUUCGAGUCGUAAUUACUCAGCAAAAAAUUUAUGAGAAAUUUUGACUUAAAUAAAAUUCAGCGGCUGGCUCUUUAUAAAAAAUUGGCGGCGGCACAUUUAUAUCGAUAACCUUCGAAUCGUCCCGUCAGUAACAUCCAGCCGCCGCAAUCAUGAAAGCCAAAAUAAUCCUCUGCGUUGUGGUGCCACUGUUGGCCAUAAACUUAGCCCGAAACCAAAACCUAACCACAAUAAAAAAUUUCGUCAGCAAAUUUUUUGACAACGCCACCAACCAACAUCCAGAUAUAGAUGACAAUAUUGUGGACAUAAUCGAGAGAUACACCGGUGUGAGCGAGACACACCAAGUCCAAACUGAAGACGGCUACAUUCUGACAUUUUUCCGCAUACCUAGACAAAACCCAAAAGGGGUAAUUUUUCUGCAGCACCCUAUAUUCUUCGACGCGCGCUUAUGGGUUAGCCAGUAUAACGAUUCCGUGGCCUUUUUCUUCUGGAAGGAAGGGUACGACGUGUGGUUGGGGAAUACCAGAGGAAACUUGUUUUGUCAAGACCAUGUAACUUUGACACCUUCGGACCCAAAGUUUUGGAAUUUUAGUUUUCACGAAAUGGGUUACUACGAUAACCAUGCUCUAAUUGGGUACAUUUAUGGUCAAACUGGAGCGAAAGUGGUGUACGUGGGUUACUCGCUGGGUGCUAGUAACGGUUUGGUGUAUGCUAGCAACCGAAGCGACGAAGCUUCCAAAACUACUAGACUCAUGGUUGUUAUGGCACCGGCUAGUCAUAUCAGACGGGGAACAUCAGCUGCCAAAUACACAGUGGCACCAUUUUUGUAUCUACAAAACAAAUUAAAUUUUCUGGAUUUGCGUUCCACCAUACUGAGACACGACAUUUGGUAUUUGAGAGUUUUGAGAUCAACUUUUGCCCUUUUUCCAUGCAAGAAGUGUAUAGUUUAUCUCACUUCCAUAUUUUCUGGGUGGACUCCUGAUGUAAUGGAUCCUGAUUUGAUAGACAUGUCCGUACAACGGUUUGGUUCGGAAAUCCCGCUCAAAAUUUUGAACCACUUUUACCAAACUUACGUUUCUGGGGGUCACUUCCACUUGUAUGACUACGGGGAGGAGGAAAAUUUGGAGGUGUAUGGGUUGAAGAAGCCGCCUUUGUACCCUUUGGGGGAUAUCAAAAUCCCUGUUUUGAUAGUGUAUGGACAGAAUGACAGCUUCGUUUGUCCUGAUGAUCAUGAAGUUCUUUACAAUUUGUUACCUAAAAAGUCAACAGCUUUUGGCAAAGUGAUGAUCGAAGGGUUCAACCACGCGGAUUUUGUUAGUGGUCGAAGCAGGAACGAGAAAGUAUACAGAAAAAUGAUCGAAUUGUUAGAAAAAAAUUAACUUGUUAUUUGAAACUUUAUUUUCUACUAGUAUGAAGUAGCAACUAAGUAACUGUCAAACGUCGUCAAGGC